AUGAACGUGAUAACAGGCGAAUUCGAUAAUAUGGAUAUUGUAACGCAAUUCCGCGCGCUGCGCAAGAAUUACGGCGACAUCGUAAAAAUGGACGGCUUGUUGAAUCGUCGACCGUGUGUCUUUCUGUUCUCGCCGGAGCUGUGCGAAAACAUGUAUCGCACGGACGGCCCAUGGCCGAUGAGGAUCUCUUUGGAGAGCUUGCUUUGCUAUCGCAAGAACAGGGAACAUAUCUAUCGUGGACAGUACGGCCUCGCAGUAAGUCAGGGAAAACCGUGGCAGGAGUUACGCACCAAGGUAAAUGCGCACAUGAUGCAACCGCAGGCAAUUGAAGCGCACAUCUCGCAGAUUAGCGAGGUGACCUACGAAUUUGUGAAGAUGAUGAGAGCGUUGCGAAAUCCCGAAACUCACGAAUUACCGAGUAACUUCAAGAACGAACUGUUCAAGUGGUCUUUGGAGUGCUCGAGCACGAUCGCAUUGAAUUGCCGAUUGGGUUGUUUAAAUCGGAAUCUUGCCCCGGACUCGGAACCGCAAGUAAUGAUUAAUUCCGUGGUUAAAAUUUUCAACUUGCUGCACCGUCUGGAAAAUCUGCCGUCAAUGUGGAAGGUUUACAACACACCGGAUCUAAAGCGACUGUUUCAUUUGCUGGACACAAUUAAUGAAACUUCUCAAAAAUACAUCGAGCAGGCUAAACUGAAAUUUCAAUGGAAAACGCACAACUAUACGCAAGAUUGUAGCGUGUUGCAGAAACUUUUGCGCAUUGACGAGAGAACGGCUCACACAAUGGCGCUGGACAUGCUAAUGGGUGGCAUUGAUACGGUCGGCAACACGGCCGCUGGUCUGCUGUAUCACAUCGCAAUCAGUCCAGACGUCCAGGAACAUCUGCGAAGAGAAGUGACGACCCUGUUACCGGACAAAGACUCGCCCAUUACGAUAGACAUCCUGAAUCAAUCCAGGUACGCGAAGGCCUGCAUUAAGGAGUCCAUGCGAAUGUUACCCGUCACCAGUGGCGUCCUGAGAACCAUGCGACAGGACGUUUCCAUAGGAGGAUACAGAAUACCAGCAGGAUUUAACACUAUCGCCUGCCACCAGCUGAUCUCGAUGGAUCCCACGCAGUUUCCGCAACCGGACAAGUACUUUCCCGGACGAUGGUUGCGGGAGAACUCAUUAUUCAAGAAAGCGCAUCCGUUUGCGUACAUGCCCUUCGGAUUCGGUAUUCGUAUGUGCAUUGGCCGGAGAUUUGCCGAGAUGGAACUUCAGACGUUGCUCUUGGCAGUCGUGCGAAACUUCCGGAUUGAAUGGCAUCACGAGCCGCUCAAAUUCGAGGCGCAAGUAAUAAACACGAUAGUGUCGCCGAUGCAAUUCAAACUCAUUGACGUGUAGAAACUAGUCUCAUACAAGUCCGGCGCGUCGUUUGAAUAUUUUCAACAACUGUGACAUAAAUUUAUUUCAAACAUAUUAAUAACGUAUAUAAAAAAAGCUUGCGCAUGCGUAUUUUAUCCAGUAUACUAAACGUUUUUUUAUUUUAUGUGAACAACUACUUGAUAUAUAACCUGUUAUACAUUUGUUGACGUAGUUAAACACUGAAAAACAAAUAUUUACAAAUGGGAUUUUAUGAAAUAACUAUGAUGUUAUAAAUUAGUAAUAAUAACGCAAGUGAUAAUAAACGUAUCCUGUAAUUCGAUAGAAGUGUCUUUAUUGACUGUUCUCUUUUUUUUUUUUUCACAGCGCUAAUAUUUCAAAGCGCGCAAUUUUACAUUACUCGGAACAUUAUGCUGCUUGACAAACGUUAAUUUCAAGCAAUGUGUGAUAUCAUAUAACAAAAUAUAUUUAAAUAUAUAUGUUAUAUACAUAACCGUGAUUAAGCUAUUGUAAGCAAGAGCCAAGAAGCCAUGACUGUACAACAUAACAAUUAUGUAAUGUAAAUUCAUAACAUAUUUAGUACAUUGUAAAAAUAAGAUUAAAAAAAAAGCUGACUAUUAAACGAAAAAUGUAACAUAACAUCGUAAUUUUAUUUAUUGCAAUAGUUCCCGCAACAAAGUGCAAUAUACAGUCGUUCGUUUUUUUUACUCGCGCGAGAUGAAUUUUAUUCGCGACGUAAAUAGAAAUAUCAAUAUCUUUAUAAUCAUCAAAAAAAGCAUUAUCUAAUAGCAAACAUUUGAACUUCUAUCAAAGAAGUUUAAGAAAAAAAACAAAAAAAAAAAAAAAA